AUGUGGUCGCCAAUGUCGGAAAUGACUGGUACCAAGCUACAGUUGGACAGGAAGCACUCUAUUCCAUCCAAUCGACAACACGUGAGAACUAUCCUGCGGCGAUGUGUCACCUGUAACAAAGUUACGGGGAAAUCAUACAGUGCACCAGACCUGCCAUCACUUCCAGCCGCAAGGGUCAGUGAUGAACCCUUAUUCUCCGUUACUGGUGUAGAUUUUACAGGGGAGUUACACGUCAAAGAAAAGGACGGAAAACAGCACAAAGCCUACAUAUGUUUGUAUACGUGUGCCAGCACCCGGGCUGUCCACUUGGAAAUUGUUCCUGACCUCACCGAAGAAUCGUUUCUUCUGGCAUUCAGACGAUUCGUGAGCAGAAGAUCCUUGCCGAGAAUGAUGAUAUCAGACAAUGUCACAACCUAUCAAGCUGCCGCAAAUCAGAUACGGCGACUUUGCUCAUCUCAAUGUCUACAAACAGCAAUUGCACAGCAAGGGACACAGUGGCAGUUCAUCUCAAAACGAGCACCUUGGUAUGGAGGACGGUGGGAGAGACUCAUUGGUGUUGCCAAGACAACGAUAAAGAAAAUCCUUGGUAGAGCCUCCAUUGAUCUUCAAAUGCUUCAGACUGUCGUAACAGAAGUGGAGGCUAUGAUGAACGACCGGCAGCUUACGUACGUGUCUUCAUCUAGAGAUGACCCGUAA